GUGUAUCGAUCCGCGUAAAAAGAUUUGUGUCCUCCAGAGCUGAGAGAGCUCAAGAGGUGUCACUCUGUACAUAAAUAUACGUCAAAGUGCCGCGUUCCGACGAGGAGUAGUGCUAUUUAGUGAAAUUUGUGCUUUGUAUGAUCAAUGAGUACAAAAAUGGUGUAUCUAGCGUUCGGCUAAAAUGAAGGAAAAUGAGAUGAAGUGAGUGAAAAGUGAGAUUGUGUGGGGCAGCGGCUGGCUCGCUGGCUGGCUGGCUGGCGAAGGCGAAGAAGAAGUUUGAUGGUGUUGUCCGUGGAGCUUUGUUGUUCCUGGAGGUGGGUUGAAAAGGGCUGAGGUGGGCGGCCCCAGGAGGGCGGGCAGGAUGCAGAAAAGUGAGAGGCGUGAAAGGGGGGGAGGGGGCGGUGGGAAGGAAGAUCAGGACCCGGCAUCUAGGAGAGUUUCCCGUGCCAGCACUGCCAACAGGACUGCUGGCACCACCAUGCAGCCGGGCUCUAGGACAUCCUCUUCCUCCAAUUCCCUGGAGCUUUUUGUCGGCCCUAACUUCAGGGUCGGCAAAAAGAUCGGGUGCGGGAAUUUCGGCGAGCUCAGAUUAGGGAAAAAUUUGUACAACAAUGAACAUGUUGCCAUUAAGUUGGAACCAAUAAAAGCCAAAGCUCCACAGCUUCAUCUGGAGUACAGAUUUUAUCGCAUGCUCGAUACAGUUGGAGAAAAUGAGAGACAAAGAGUGGAAGGCAUUCCAAAGAUUUACUACUUUGGAGUGUGUGGGAAGUACAACGCUUUAGUUAUGGAACUCUUGGGUCCCAGUCUGGAGGAUCUCUUUGAUAUGUGUGGCAGGCGUUUCACUCUCAAAACGGUCUUAUUAAUAGCGAUACAGUUACUCCAUAGGAUAGAAUAUGUACAUUCUAGAAGAUUAAUAUAUCGUGACGUCAAACCUGAGAACUUCCUCAUAGGAAGAAGCUCUACUAAAAAAGACAAAAUAAUAAACAUAAUAGAUUUUGGGUUAGCUAAGGAGUAUAUUGAUCCGACCACAAACAAGCACAUCCCUUAUAGGGAGCACAAGUCGCUAACUGGGACUGCUCGAUACAUGUCUAUUAACACUCACAUGGGCAAAGAGCAGUCACGGCGCGAUGACCUAGAAGCCUUAGGCCACAUGUUCAUGUACUUCUUACGUGGGUCACUCCCUUGGCAAGGGUUAAAAGCAGACACCCUUAAGGAAAGGUAUCAGAAAAUUGGAGACACUAAAAGAGCAACACCAAUUGAAGUUUUAUGUGAAAACUAUCCUGAAGAGAUGGCAACAUAUCUCCGGUAUGUCAGGCGUUUAGAUUUCUUUGAGACACCUGACUAUGAUUACCUUAGGAAGCUUUUCCAGGAUCUCUUUGAACGGAAAGGCUUUGUUGAAGAUGGUGAUUUUGACUGGACUGGAAAAACUAUGCCCUCAGACUAUUUAGCCAACAUGCGUCAGCUGCGUGUUGCAGCACCAUCAGAUAGGGUUAAAACCAGGUCUGAAAAGUCUACGCCAGUUGGGUCUACGCAGACGGGUACAGAGGUGAUUGUUUCACCAAGUAGGGAAAAUCGGGAGAGGCAUCCAACUGCAAACAAGGAGAAAUCCAGUGGAGAAGAUUUACGACUAAUGCAGGGCGGCACCAAGGGUACUGCAGCCUGGUCCGAAACCCCCAAGCAGAGCAACAUGCUAGGCGGCAACCUCACCCCUGCAGACCGCCACGGCUCCGUCCAGGUUGUGAGUUCGACCAAUGGGGAGCUAGGGCCAGAUGACCCGCUGGCUGGCCACUCCAACACCCCAAUCACUGUCCACCAAGAAGGAGAUACAUCAGAUGAAACAAAAUGUUGUUGCUUUUUCAAGCGAAAGAAAAAGAAGGCUGGACGUGGUAAAUGACUGGCAGUGGUUCAGUGCUCACCAGAAAGAGAGGCCAUUGCGGUGCUGCUGCCGGCAUCACAGUCGCAGUCCAAUGAGAGUAUUCUCAACCCUCAGGCACCGCCACCAUUAGGGGGCCACCCAGCCAACCCCCAUAAGCACUAAAAAACUAAUUACUUCACCAUUACCUCAUCACCACCAAAAGCACUGCAUCUCCAGCCAAACCAAUCUAUCCACAAUAAGAUGUGGAAUCCAGCCUUGUGCUUGCGUCUUUUGUGUUGUGUGAAACUGUUGUGACCCUAUUUGGCAUAUUUAUGUACUUUGAUGCCCAAGUCAACAUAGCUUGUAAAGUAAGCUCUUAUUUUGGAGGUCACCUGGAAAUUGUGAAUAUAUUUUUAAGGCUUUGAAAGCUGGCCAGAUGACUGUGCUUUAAUCCUUUAUGCAGUGGACCCUAUUCUCAUGAGGGUUAGGAGAACUUAUAACAAAAUUUUUCAUUUGAAAGUAAAAAUGUGGAUCAGUGUGGCUAAAUAUUUGAGGAUGAAAUUUGUUUAAAGCACUUUGACCUUGUAGUUGACACAAAACUUAUUUUUUAAUGGAAAUGUGCAAUAAAAUAUGGUUCCCAGCUUAGUAAGAAGUACUACUGUGUUCUCUGCUGGAUUAGUUUUCCUCUCUGACAAAGAGGAGCAACACUUGUUGUGAGAAAGGACUGGAGGAGGGUAGAGGUGGUGGUGGUGAUGGUAAGGGCCAUUUUGGAGUUCGUAUAUAGAAAAUGCUUGAUAUGAAAGGAUAGAUGAUGCCCCUAUACCUUUUUGUUAUUUUUUUUUAUGUGGCCUAGCCUGUUUUGUGAAAGUCAUUUUCUGCUUUGUGCUUUCAAUAGGUUCCAAUUUUUUUCCUUAUUUAUAACAAAGAACAGGAACCUUAUUGAAGUGUCACCUCAAGCUGAAAAAGACUAGGCACACUUAUUCUGUGAUGAUUAUUUUUAAAAAGACGAGUUCAGUGGCUCGUUCACUCCAUCAACCAAAUAUAAGUAUGAACGAACCUUGUGCUUUGGUGAAACAUUCUUUAUUUGGAAAAUGACUUGGAUUUUACAAUUUUGUCGCCAUUUUCAAGAUAUGUAAUUAUUUUCUACAUACUCUAGAAUGAUUAGUUUAGAUGUAAUCUAGAGAGAGCAAGUCAAAACCUGUUCGUAUUGGGCAUUUCAUGUCCAUAUUGGUACCAAAUUGCAUACAGUCAUAGAAACACUUGAAUUUUUAAUAUUUUAUCAAGGUAUUUUUUCGAAGUUUUAUUUGAUUACUGGCCUGUUAUGAAGUAGAUUGUAAUUGUAUAUGGAAAUUGAGCGAUAGUGGAUAAGGAAAAUGUGAGAAGUACAAUUUAUCUGAGAAACGGCAGAGGAUAUAAAGAUUUGAGCUUAAUGAAUGGCAGGGUAGGCUGAAAAAUGAGAGAAUGGAGGAAGUUACUUAUUAACACCAAAGGGAAGAAGAAACAGCAUAGCUGCUGAAACACAUCAUAACAUGAGCACUGCUAAUCAUGAAAUGAAAGCCAGAGAGGUAUGUGUUUGAAGUACUCCAUGCUCCAGUGACUGGUCUUGUGGAAAUGUUGAUACCCAUUUGAAGCCUUGUGAAUGAUUGUAUAUAAUUUAUACAAAUAUGGAAACUUACUGUAUGGACUCAGAACGCCUUUGUUUGUAUAAUGAUUUCUAGAACUGUAGCUAGAAGGCAACAAAAUUUGGGGAAUUAUAUUCAAGGAAUUAGUGGCUGUUUUACAGUUUACCAGAAGUGCCACUUGGAUGAUAAUGAUUCGUAACAAGUCUGAGGAGUCAAAGAACUUAGUCUGGCUCCACUGAAAAGAUUUAUUUCCCGCAUUUUGUACUAUUGUAAUGGAAGAGAUUGGCAACCCACACUAUUUAAGGGAGCAUGGUAUUGAAGUGUGGAUUGACAAUUUUCUUUCAGUACCUGUAUUGAACAUCAUCAUAGCCUUGUGCUACAUAUACGAUCUCGUCCCACCUGACUUCUGUAAAUGGGGUACCUCCAUGGAAGUCUCAUACUUUCUUGUUUACAGUCAUAAGGAAAAAACUUAAACUAUUUUUAUCAUGCCCAUAGCUAUUCAUCUGAAUCAUGUGAUGUAUAAAGUUAUUGUAAUGUAGUGAAUGAAUAUCCACAUUUGAUUCUCCCACUUUUCUUAUCUUUUAAUUAGAUGCCUCCUUAUGUAUUUAUGCAUAAGGAGUUUGUAGCUGAUUAUCAAGUCCAUUCUUUUUGUUCCUUUUCUUUUUAUAAUUUUUAUUUUAUUAAACUGAAUUUUGUAAGUACCUUCUCCAUGAAAAAUGGAGUAAAGUUCUUAAUAGUUUUCUUCUGAUUUUGUAUAAUGUUUAUAGUCACAACAGAUAAUUUUUGUAUUAGGUCCUCCUUUUAACUUAACUGGUCACUUCAGCUAACUGGACUUGCCUACAAUGUUGAUAUACUUGCUCACAAUAUAUGGUUACAGAGGAUUAAAUAAUUAAUAUAUAUUAGCUUUUUAGUAUUCACAAAAAAACAACAGUCAGGGAAUCUUCAGACAGAAGGGUUAUUAAUUUUUGUAAACAUACCUGUAAUCAUUUCUUUUACUGCUGAUUUAAAGAUAUUGGGAUGUAACAUAAAUGGCUGUGGUUGAAAUUUCUCAUUAUGUAGGUUUAAGCAGUCAUUCUUUUUCAGACAUAAUGCUGUCAGUAAUGUUUGUGUUCCUUUCUUGAAAAUCUAAACAUGACGUGCACUAGUGCAUACAAGAUUUUAAAUGUCAUAGUUUAACUGUACUGGAGAAUUGAAUGGUAGCUUAGUUAUCUUUUUGUAAUAAUUUUCCUGCUGUGCAUUAUUUUUGUUCGUUUGUUUGUUUAAUUGCGAUAAACGUUAACAAGUAAUUAGUGGACUUGCAUAGACAAUAGCUCUCUCACCAAUCUCAUCACCACCACCUAAAUUUACUGCUCCAUUAAGACUGAAAUGUAUCUAAUUGGUUCACUUCAUUUUUUAUUUUUAUCUCUAUUACAAAGAAGUAGAUUUUGAUUCCAGAAUUUAAGGUUUGGAAGUAAUGCUGAUGCCAUUGCAGAGUAUUUUAAAUAUGUUAGGUUUAAAUUCUGCUGACGCUGUUGCAAAACCUUUUGUAGGAAGCCAGGCUGAUGUGAUCUUUUCUCUACCGUCACCAUAGUUUGUGGCCUUUAGAGUCAUGUUCAUUAAGGUUUGUGGCUCUGACUGAACUAUGAUAAGUUGUUGUGCUUUGAGCAGAUCAGUUUGUUUUGAGCAUUAAUGAUUAAUCUUAUUAGUAUUUCACCAGAGGGCUACAAAUUGUGGAUAUGAUCUUUAGAAGUCAUAUUGGGGCCUGUGUGAAUGUUUAUGCAUGUGCAAGUGCGUUAUUUCUUAGCAAGAUUCUUGAAUGUGUGUGGAUGAAGACGGUAGUGUCAUCUGUGAUUUUCUUAGUAGGAAUUACGUGAACGCUAAUUAUCACGGAAAUAAGUGCAGUCACAAACUCAACUCAAUUUUGGAAAGUCAGCAAGUAGCAGUUUUUAUAUGAUUUUGAAAAGUGGAUGAACUAAGAUAAUCCAUUAUAUAUGCCCAUGGUCUAUUUCAUCUUUCUAUGAAAUUGUACUCUGGUAAGGGUGAAAGAAAUCAGUUGUUUGCAUCUGUGGAACGUACUGCUUCAAUGUGCUGUUUAAUAAUAAAACACAGCAUUUGUAUCUGUAUUAUCCAUAUUCAGUAACUGGAAGAAUAUAAUAAUAAUGUUGUUAAA